AUGCGGGGCCUGGUGGUCGCUUUCCUGCUACAGACCAUCGCAGGGUCGGGCGCCUUCACCAGCGGGAGAAGACGUGUGGACCCUGAAACGAACAUGAACAUCAGUCAAAUUAUUACCUUCAGGGGAUACCCUAGUGAGGAGUAUGAAGUGACAACAGAAGAUGGAUACAUCCUGACCAUUAACAGAAUUCCUUAUGGAAGAAAAGGCCGUGAGAAGAGCAAAGGUCCAAGGCCUGCUGUGUUUCUCCAGCAUGGUUUGCUUGCAGAUGCCAGCAACUGGAUCACAAACUUGGAUUACAACAGCCUCGGCUUUAUGCUGGCAGAUGCUGGCUAUGAUGUAUGGCUGGGAAACAGCAGAGGGAACACCUGGUCCAGGAAACAUACACACUACACAGUGAAGCAGGAAGAAUUCUGGGUUUUCAGCUUUGAUGAAAUGGCUAAGUAUGACAUUCCAGCCUCAGUGGACUUCAUUUUGAAGAAGACUGGCCAAGAACAAGUAUUUUAUGUUGGCCAUUCACAGGGCACCACAAUGGCUUUCAUUGCUUUUUCAACUUUGCCACAGCUGGCUAAGAAAAUCAAAAUGUUCUUUGCCUUGGCACCAGUAGCUACAGUCAAGUUUGCCACUAGUCCUCUGGUAAAAUUGGGAGUGUUUCCUGACGUGCUAUUCAAGGAUAUGUUUGGAAAGAAGCAAUUCCUUCCUCAGAGUUUUCUGCUGAAGUGGCUUGCUACCCAUGUUUGCACCCACAGAAUACUUGAUGACCUUUGUGGCAAUGCAUUCUUUCUUUUGUGUGGUUUUAAUGAGAGAAACUUGAAUAUGAGCCGAGUGGAUGUGUAUUCAACACACUGCCCAGCAGGGACAUCUGUACAAAACAUGAUCCACUGGAGCCAGGCUGUGAAGACUGGGGAAUUCAAAGCUUAUGACUGGGGAAGUAAGGCUGAAAAUAUGGUUCACUACAACCAGUCUACUCCCCCAUACUACAAAAUAAAAAAGAUGACUGUACCAACCGCAGUGUGGACUGGUGGACAAGACUGGCUGGCAGACCCAAAGGAUGUUGCGAUGCUGAUCACUCAGAUCACAAACUUGGUUUACCACAAAAACAUUCCGGAAUGGGAACAUCUGGAUUUCAUCUGGGGCCUUGAUGCACCUUACCGCAUGUAUAAUGAAAUAAUUAACAUGAUUAGGAAGUAUCUCUAA